AUAGGAUUUUACUUUGCUUCCUGAAGAGGUGCUGGAGGAAGGCACCUGCAUGAGAAAUGGGAAAGAAGACCUAGAGAUUCUGGAUAAACCUGGAACACCAGUUAUACCAGAUUGAUGACUACAGCUGUGAAGCAAGAACCUAAAUACUAAUGCAGAAUAACUUGUUCCAGUUAACAUUGUUAAGACAUGUGGAUUAGAGAGAGAGAGGAAUGAAAAGGUUCAGCUGGGAGCUAAGCUUAUAACAUCAUGCUUGUUACCUGAAACCGACCAGAAGCAACCAAGGAACUGGACAUAGACGAUGGAAAAAAAAGAGUUCAUGGUUGCUAGUCCACAUAAUAGUGGAGGCUGAGUGGGCAUGAAGGAGAGUAUAUAGUGUGAGUGAGAAGUCUCAAAUCCCCUGCAAGGCUUUUUUCUAUUAAAGGGAAAAAAAAUAAAUAAAAAGGAAGAAGACAUGAAUCCUACAAAUAAAGAUCAAGCAUUUGGGACCAUUUUUGACUGGGACUAUCUCUUAUGGGAAGUUCGUUUGACAUUUUUAGCUGCUGGCUUUUUAAUCUACCUGGGAGUAUUUCUUCUGUCUCACUGGUUAUCCUCCCGGAUGAGUACCACUUACCGUGCCUUGUAUGCAAAGGAGAAGGUGUUUUGGAAUAUGGCAGUCACACGUGGUGCGUUUGGACUUCAGAGCUGUGUUGCUGGGUUAUGGGCUUUGCUCAUAGAUCCCGUUUUUCAUGCUGACAAGGUGCAUUCACAGCAAAAGUGGAGCUGGUUUAAUUGUUUAAUAGCUGCUGGAUUUUUCUUGCUUGAAAAUGUAGCUGUUCAUGUGUCCAACAUCGUUUUUAGAACGUUUGAUGUGUUCCUCGUGGUUCAUCACUUACUUGCUUUUGGUGGCUUAGCUGGUCUAGUAAUCAAUGUAAAAUCUGGACAUUACCUACCUUUGAUGGGAAUGUUGCUGGAGAUGAGUACUCCUUCAACCUGCAUUUCCUGGAUGCUUCUGAAGGCUGGCUGUGCAAAUACCUUUUUCUGGAAGGCAAAUCAGUGGGUGAUGAUCCACCUGUUUCACUGCCGCAUGAUUCUCACUUACCACAUGUGGUGGGUGUGUAUUUUCAACUGGAAUUCUGUGGUAGAAAACCUGGGACUUCUCCAUUUUACUGUUUUAUUCUCUGGAUUAUUUGCUGUUACAUUAAUACUUAACCCAUACUGGACAUACAAAAAAACUCAGCAGCUCCUCAGCCCAACUGACUGGAACUUCGAAAAUAAAGCGACAGAAAAUGGAAAGUUAAAUGGUGAAACAUCCCAAAAGAAGAGGAUGUAACACCAGAACAUCUGUUUCCUAGUGUGAUAUUGGACUACAGCAGAAGAAUACGCUGCAAACUAAGUGGCCCAUGAAAUCAAAGCUUCUGUAAGAAGCUCGUUGAUGCAGACAUUCCUUGCUGUUUGUAUUCAGAAUGCAUCAGUGGUAUUUAAAAAUGUUAUCUGUAUUUCAUACGUACAUAUUCAUAAAUCUUCAGCAUCUUAGCAAAGAAUUAUGCCUAUGGUUUUGUCUGUACUUAGAUAGUAUUUCAUGGUUUAGCAAUGACAUGCUCUAAUGAUAUCCUUCAUCCUAAUGCUUCAAAGUGGCUUUAUUGCUAACUUGUCCACUAAUCUUAGCUUGAAUUGAAUUUAGCUUUAUUCUCAUUUCACGUAUGUUGGAGAUACUGCUACUGAAAAUAACGUUGAGAAGACUAAGAUCAAUUCUGACCCCAAAUAGGUAUGGUGUGGAUACCUGUGUGCUAUUAAAUAUUUCCCGCUGGAUGAAUUGGUCAAGUGGCAGAAUGUAGUCAUGGCUCAGUUUGUGGGUCUUUCCUUAAGUGCACUUGAUGAAAAGGAAGAGACAGUUAAGUGUUUGCUAGCAAAAGAAAUUGUAGUACCCAGGUUGCCUUCAAUAUGAGACUUCAUAUCCACAGCAAACAUGCACAUGGUGAGGAGUGGGAACACCUGCUCAUUGUGCUGCUGGUCAUGCUAGGUAAUCAUAGUGGUCCUUUCUGGACUUGAAAUCUAUGAAAGACAAGAGUCAAUUAUAAGUUUGUUGGGUGAUUGGUAAGAUUAUCUUCUUUGUAGGUCACAAAUGAAUAAAUGUGCAAUUAGUUCCACUAGUGCUCCUGUUAUACUUCCUCUUAUUUUUGGAAAACCUCUUAGUUACAGAGGGUUUUAGAAUAUGAGGUGACUCAUAGAAUCAUAAAAUGGCCUGGGUUGAAAAGGACCUCAAAUAUCAUCUAGUUUCAGCCCCCGUGCUAUGUGCAGGGUCACCAACACCAGACCAGGCUGCCCAGAGCCACAUCCAGCCUGGCCUUGAAUGCCUCCAGGGAUGGGGCACUCAUCUUUGGAGAAAAGCUUAUUGUCACCUCUUUUAGAAGUUCUGUUAUUCCUGUUUUUAUUUCUGCUUUGCAGAACGCAGAAGGUGAGGUUAUCAAUUCUUUGCACUUUAUCUAGCAUAUUUUUAAGUUUUUAAUUGACCUUGGGAACAGAGGGUGUGUUUGGAUAGUGGUUUGGCAAGUUGUGGAGGUUUUUCUCCCACUUGUACUUGUUCUUGGAUGCAGUUUGGGGCAGCAGAUCAGUGUAUAAAGAUCAUGAUAGAAGAGAGUGACACCUAUUGGCAGGAGAGUGACAAAGAUACCUAAUUAAUGCUGAUGUACUAUUGAGAUAAAAAACAUGUCAUUUGAAAGUUCAUCGUAUGCUGUGAUAUGGCACAGUUCUAUUUACCAAAGUAGUAAGACCAGAAAAGCUAAAGCUGUGAAGAGCUUCAGGUUGAGGCGUUUGUACCAGGCUUUGUGUCCUGCCCUGUGUGGGAGCAUAGUGUUUAAAAUGGCAG